AUGAUCGCCUUUACUAUCAUAUCGAUAAUCUUCUUAUCACCUUAUUGUGAAAUUUACCUGAACAGAGAAAACAAUGGCUGGCAAUAUAAUACAAACUAUACAUUAUCGCUCACUAUGCGAAAUAUUGAGUACUAUGGAUAUUUGUCGAUUCCAACAAUCUGUUUUAUCAUUUAUUGUUCCAUUGCUCUAGUGAUAAAGAUUAAUGCACGAAAAUUUUUGAACAAUCAUAAUAAUUCGGCUAACACAUCACAAAAAAACCAAGAGAUUCGAAUACUAAUUCAAUCCUUUAUUCAAUUUUUGGUUUUCAUUGCGCCAACAAUAUAUGGAUUCAUGCCUCGGUAUGGUGCAAUGACUUCAUUAGAACAUGAGCUAUUGAAUUCGGCAUCUAUUUUGUUUUGUGGAAUAAGUCCAAUGUUAUAUAUGAUAUUAUUAAGAAAAUUUCGCUAUCACGUCCUUUCAUCACUUAGAAUUGUACCUAAGCAGAGCCUAACCAUGGUCCAGCCAAUGAAGACAAAUGUACAUCAACAAAGUAAAAUGGCAAUGAACACUUGAAUAAAUUUCAAUAUUAAAUGUACAUAUAAUGUACAAACAAUAAUAAAUCAUUACUAAAUUAAAACAAU